AAUAGGAUCCGUUUGAGGUCCGUACUGAGGUAGAAUAUAUCCGUCUGAGAGACCAGCACACGAUGUCGUCGUUCACCCGUGAUAAACUGUCUUUGCACCUGCGGCGCAGAAUGGGGGUGUUUGUGAGCAGAGUGAAAGCCACAGAGCUCAUGGCCAAUCUCCCUUGCCUUACACCUUCUGACAAGGAGGAGAUCCAGGCCAAGAAGGACUUUUCUGGUAACUAUGCAGCCAUGCAACUCCUGCUGGACUAUGUACAGAAGAGAAUGAACUGGCCAGAAGAGUUGAUGUCAGCCCUGGAGCUGUUGGAGCAUCAGGAUCUGGCUGAUGAACUGAGGGCAGAGUGGAACAAACACAACCAGAACAAUCCCUACCCUCCUUCAGCUGCUGCUACCACCGCAGUCAGGACCCAUGUUCAACCAAUUCCUUCUACCAGCUCUGAGGGGUCGCCAGGUUCUCUGGUCCUCCCAGGUCAGCCAGCCCCACCGGAGGUAGCUGCCCCACCUGAGGCUUCACUCCCUCCUGAAGUAGCCCCAGAGGUUUUGCCACCUCCUGUAGUGGCUGCCCAGCCAGAAGCCCCCCCAAGAUCAGUUCCCAAGGCUCCCAUGGCUGGCUCCUCUUCAGAACAUGCUCCCAAAGCAGCAGUGAGCCCUGAAAUAGCCUCAGAGGCAGCACCUUCUCCUGUUGCUGCCCCUCAGGCAGAGCCCCAGGCAGCCCCUCUGUCUCUUGUCUCAGUGGAGGAGCCCACAGUGAUCUCUGAACCUCCAGCCUCAUCCCAGCCUGGUCCUAUUGAAACCGUCAGUCUGGAGGACAACUUGUGUCAUAGUGAUGCUCCAACACAGAUAGCCCUGUCUGAAACCACUCCUACCUUGUCUGGUUCACACCUAAUCCCAGUUGUAUCUGAAAUCACUCCCACGUUGCCUGUCUCACAGCUAGCCCUGUCCCAAACUGAAUCCACCCCCACCCCUGCUGCCUUGGCCACAUUCCAGUCCCCUGAGAGACGGCCAGUUCAGGACACCUCGCCACACACAGUCAAAGUGCCUACCUUCCACCAGGAGGCUGUAGAGGACUCUGAUCCAACCCAGGUGACUGAAGAUGAGCAACACACUGAGCCAUCUCAGAGCCAGCACUUCGCCACGGCCCCAGCGGAUACCUCCAUGAAUGAGGAUGACGUGAACUUUAGCAAGCCUGAAGUCCUCCGCAGUGAAGUCAUGGACAGCCAGCCAUACUCAGGAGACUCAACGCGUCUACAGAGGAGAAUGGAGUUCCUGAGGAAAUAAUAGAACCCCUGUCCCAUAACGAGCCCCAAGAGGACACCUACGAGUCCCCCUGCCUGAGCUCCCUGGGGGACCAGGAGGUGCUGUUCAAUGUUGUUCACGUGUCUGAGGACGCGUCCAUCCAGAACAACGACGGCCAGACACCGAGCAUGCUGGGUAUUGUAGUCCACAUGUCUGAGGAGCCAUCUAUCUGGAAUCAAGAUGACCAAACACAGAGUAUGCUGGGUAAUAAUGAUGUGGGUUUGUCUGGAACCCCCCUACCAGUUCAGAACCACAACAGCCAAUCUCAGAGAGCCGUCAACGGCUCUUCCUCGGCUGAGAACCGUCAUCCACUGGAGCCUAUGGGGGCAGAGGUCAUGAUGGAGGCUAGAGCUGUUCCUGAACUGAAGCAGGAGGGAGCAAUAGGAGAGAGAUACUAUCUUCUGGGGGCUGCUGUAGUGGCCGUCUCGCUGUUCGUGGCCUGGAGGAUGAGGAAUUAA